AUGUCAGAAAAGCCACCUGCUUUCACCGAUGAUUUCCUCAUUCGGCAAUUCAAGACCAACCCUCCGGGCAGGUAUACCAUCGCACUUCUUGGAACUUCCCUCUUUGGGUGCUUCAAAUACUACACAGCUCAUGACCGCUACUUUAAGGAAAACCCUUACCUCUUGAACCUGGGCGGUAGCUUGGGAGCCGACAGGAUCCGAAAUGUUCAACGUCUUAUCGACCAAGGCUUUGUUCACGGCGAUAUCACCGAGAAUGGCUUGUCAAAAUCGGAUGCCCAAGCCUAUGGCAGAGUAGUCACCAGCCUGCGAGAUAAGUUUCCAGAUGCGCAGAUCGUCAUCACUUCGUUCUUUCAACAGCAUGGAUUCAGCAAGCAUGUUAUUGAGAACGCAAAUGAGAUGUUACGACAAAUUGUUUCUCAAAGUGGCGACGCAGUCUCGUUCUUGCCCUUUAGAGCUGAUCAAAAGAAGAUCAUGAGCAAUGAUCAAAUUCACCUGACUAAUGAUGGAUAUCGAAAGUGGUAUGACUUUAUGCAAAACGACAUCGACAAUCGUCUAGACGAAGAGUGGGAGAAAGAAUGA